GAUUGGAGCUCUUUGGCGACGACAGCGGAACAGAUACAAUGUGCUCGUGUUUCUACCCGGAAUGAGGUCCAGGAUGUAUGCAUGUCGCUAACUUCCAGUUAGCACUUUUUGGUUGGAAGGUCCGGGGGUGAGAAGCUUUGAAUAUCUUCAGGUCACAUCUAUUGAGCUAACGAAAGAUGCCGAAAAAGAAGACUGGUGCCCGUAAAAAGGCUGAGAGUCGCAAGGAACGAGAGAAGCAGAGCCGGGCCAACAGAGAUCACGUUGAUGUAGCGAAGCAUCCGUGCAAUUAUACCAUGGAUUGUGACAAAUGCCAAAGGAAACAGAAAAAUAGAGCUUUCUGCUACUUUUGUGCCUCGGUCCAGAAGCUGCCCAUGUGUGCUCAGUGCGGCAAAACAAAAUGCAUGAAGUCCUCAGACUGUGUCAUCAAGCACCCUGGCGUCCACAGCACGGGGAUGGGCAUGGUGGGGGCAGUGUGUGAUUUUUGUGAGGCCUGGGUGUGCCAUGGGAGGAAGUGUCUGAGCACUCAUGCCUGCAUUUGCCCUCUCUCUGACGCCGACUGCAUUGAGUGUGACCGCAGCGUAUGGGAGCAUGGGGGACGCAUCUUCCGCUGCUCCUUCUGUGACAACUUCCUGUGCGAAGAUGACCAGUUUGAACACCAGGCCAGCUGCCAGGUCCUGGAGGCGGAGACCUAUAAAUGCAUUUCCUGUAACCGUCUUGGACAGCACUCUUGUUUGCGAUGCAAGGCAUGUUACUGUGACGACCACGCACGGAGCAAAGUGUUCAAGCAAGAGAAAGGCAAGGCGCCUCCCUGCCCAAAGUGUGGCCAUGAAACGCAGGAGACCAAGGACCUCAGCAUGUCAACGCGCACGCUGAAGUUCGGCCGGCAGGGCGGUGGAGACGAGGAGAGCUACUACAAUUUUGCAACGUCUGGUUAUGCAUCCGGUUAUGGAGGAGGGAACCAAGAUGAUGAUGAGGACGAGGAUUACUACAGAGAGGAUGAAGAUUACGACGAUGAGGAGGAGGAAGAGGAUGAUGAUGACGACGAGGAGGAGGACGAAGAGGAUGUGGGUGAAAAAGCGGUGACUGAGGCAGUGUCCAACCUCUCUGUGGGCACCACUUGAGUGCAGGGAAAUAGUUACUGUGUUUUCCAUCAGGUUUCUCUCAAGGGUGAGGCCAAAGGCCCAGGGUGUGUGUAUGUGUAUUUUGGGUUAAUUGUACCCAUGGGCUUAACCCUACCGAUGGGCCUGACAGUGUCACUGUUUGUAAUGGACCAAUGCAUCUUUGGGAGGAAAUAAACAAACAAUGGAUGCA